CAUCCGAUCACAGCAGAUAAGCUGAUAAACAAAGGCAAAGGAUGGCAGACGCAAGCUCCUCAGGUAAUGCGUCUAGCUCUUCUGCCAAUUUGCUCGAAGAUGAUCGAUUCUUUGCAAAAUUGGAUCGAGCAUCAAACACAAUCAGAGCAUUCUCUCAAGAAGAUGCUCGAUGGGGUGAUUUGAACGAUCAUCUUAGCGCUGCUCAGUAUCAAUACAAACUCCAACUAAUCAGUCCAUGGGCUCCAUUGGAAAGGAAACGUGUUUGGAGUAUACCUGAUGCUGUUAUAGAAGCAAGCUCUUCCGCACAAACCUAUGCAUCUCAAGGUUUGUUCCCCGAAAUAGAGCGGGCAUGGAUCAUCAUUGACACUCGACUAUAUCUGUGGAAUUAUCUGGAUGCAUCACAAUCCGCUUUCGAGUCUUAUGAACAUCCCGAACGUGUCAUUCAGUCUGUCGGUCUCGUACAACCAAGAGCGGGAGUAUUUAUCGAAUCGAUCAAACAUGUGCUUGUCAUUUGCACAAGUACUUCAGUCAGUCUUCUGGGAUUGGCCAUUGAAGAUGCGUCAGCAAAUCCAGCAAGCUCCAAUGGAAACGCAACCUCUUCAGGUACAGCAAACAAUGCAACAAACGCUUCAGCGACCCCUUCUACAUCUGCGGGAGCUCGCAAUACUUCAACUGGCAAACAAUUGAAGCUGUUUGUGACAGAAAUGUCUGCUUCUACUGAUGGCGUUCAAUUGUCUGAUGUAUGCGGGACGGAUGAAGGACGCAUCUUUUGUAAAGGUAAUGAUGGUUGUUUAUACGAGAUCAUGUAUCAAGCCAACGAGGGUUGGUUUAGCAACAGAUGUGGUCUACGCAAUGUGACAAAUCCUCGUUUAUCCAACCUCGUACCCAACUUCAUUCAAGGAAAGCAAAAGGAGACCCUCGAUUUCAUCUCUGUAGAUUCUGCAAGAAAUGUCGUUUACACCCUUCACAAGGGAAGUGAGAUCGAAAUUCACCAUCUGCCAUCCAAAGAUUCCUCAAAGCCUCCCGUAAAAGUCGCACGAGCCAAGGAUAUUUGCCGACAUGCUAAUAUGAUGUUUUCAAACACAUCUCUCUUGCAACCUAAUGAAUUCUUAAUCACCUGGAUGAAGCCGAUCAGCGCAGCCGAAAGUCGCAAUAUCCACUUAGUCGCAGUAACAAGCAAAGGCGUUCGUCUAUAUUUCACCAAUCAACGCACCGGGUGGAGAGCCUUGAGCACAUAUUCGUCUAUGAAUUCAAAUAAUAGCGAUCCAAACGCACCAACCUGUCUUGAGUUGAUCUACGUACGUCCACCACCACCCGCAGGACAGACGCAAUCAGUCGAAGGCGGCAUGGCAAUGAUGCAAUCCCAACAACAACAACAUCCGUCUCAGCAACAGUCUUCCUCUCCAACAUCCUCCACAAACUUUGCACCUCACCAGCCUGCUAUUCAAGGACUUCAUCACGCUUAUUAUGCUGACGGCUUGUUCUUGGCCGCUUCUCAGUAUACACUAGAACCUACGGGCUCGAUGGAUUGCAUCUUGUGUACAACUAGAGCUAUCCCUUCUGGUGAUUUCAGUCGACCUUCUGGUGGAUUACCCUCUUCAAGCAGCCUAACAGCGCCUACAGGAAGCGCAAUUGGACCAGCCGAUCUGGCAGACACCGCAACCGACAUUCUGGUGCAAGGAGCAACAUGGGCAAUCGCUGAAGUGAAAAGGAAAUCUCAUUCCACUGCGGAAGAUCGAUUGCAUCCUCUCGCAUUACAGAUGAUUCAGCCACCACGUGUGUUCCUCAUCCUUACCAGCAGUGGACUUUUUGUUUUGACAGAACAACGUCCGAUUGAUACUCUGAAAGGACUUCUACAGACUGGCACACUUUACGAUCAAACGGUACAUGAAUUUUUUAAGAAGUAUGGACAGUCGCAAAGCUGUGCAAUGAGUUUGGCAAUUGCCAGUCAAAACACCCUUCUAAGCCUGGCACCUGAGACAUUCAUCUCUUCCGAUCUACAAACCCAAGAUGGAUCAUAUCAAUUGCUGAGCAAGGAUGUCGUUUCGCAUGCUUGGAGAAUCUUUUUCGAUUUUGGAGGAUACCCAAGGUAUGAGCCUCCACCAUACCCAAGUCAGCCGGCUAGCGAUGGAAAGGUGACUCUCAGUGGACGUCAUGAUGGUUUGGCAAUCUAUCUUACUCGUCUUCUACGGCCAUUCUGGACGCAGAAAAUUACAAAGAAGCAAAUCAUACCGGGAGAAGGUGAAAGAUUCGUGCCAAAUAUACCAGCAGCCGGCCUUACGGGACCGCAAAGGGAAUUGCAAGGCUUGCAAACAUUUUUGCAACAAAACGCUCAAUUGUUUGGCCUGGGCAAUUCAUCCGGUGGAAGCAUAGGUCAAAAUAGAUCUUCACUAAAUAGAUCGACUGGUACCUCACCAGAGGGUGAACAAGUCGCUAUGCAGGCGGAGAAUGAUAGUUUUGAGGCUCUGAAGGCAUUGCUAUCCAGAAGCUUAGAAGCGCUAAGCUUUGUUCUUUUAUUGAUUGAUUAUCGUUUACCCAACCUCGUUCAACGCUGUCAGCCAGAGCUGCAAACGCAGCUGGCUAAUUUGACAUUUGCCGACCUGAUCAUCACACGUCAAGGAAGGGAUAUUGGAAGGUCACUCGUGGAAGCGGUUAUUAAUAUGCAAAUCUCAUCACAAAGCAACAUUGACGUCAUUGCGGACGUAUUGCAAGAAAGAUGCGGAAGCUUUUGCAAUUCUGACGAUGUACGUCUAUACAAGGCUAUGGAAUGUAUUCGACGGGCAAAAGAAGCAGAAAAGAGUUUGGACGCAAAUGGAAAAAGCGAAUCUUUGCGUGAAAGUUUGCGUCUAUUGAACAGGGCUACCUCUAAUUUGCCCUUGAACAAAUUGGAGAGCAUUUGCGAAGAUUAUCGUUCGCUCAAUUUCUAUCAUGGUGCUGUUGAGCUACCUCUCAAAUGCGCUUCAAGCUGGGAUCGUACCGGGAUUGCGAAACAAUAUCGUGAUGAAGGUUUGCCCGAGAAUGAUGUACGCAGCAAGGCUUAUGAUACCUCGAUGAAGUGCUACACUUUGGUGCUAAAAGCCCUCGAAAGCGUAGAUGCGGCAUGUCAAAGUGAUGCAGUCGUCAAGGCAAGGGAAGCGGGACAGAUGAAUACAGUGUUGCAAGUGGAAGAGCAAAGAGCAUCAACGUACGCUGAAGCGCAAUCCUCUACAGACCCAUUGUUCCAUGUGGCCAUGUAUGAUUGGCUGCUAUCCCGCAACAAGACUGAUGAAUUGCUACAAAUUCGAAGUCCAUAUGUUGAAGAAUAUUUAAGGUCGGAGCCUAUCACCUUGGAAAGGUGUUUGCUGCUUUGUAUGUGGUACGUCAGCAUCGGUCACAGUCUCUCGGCUGCUCAAUUGUACUCUGGUUUGGCUCAAUCGACUGAACUAGAGAUCAAUCUUGAUGAAAGAGUCGAGUAUCUCACAAAGGCAUCAAGCAAUGCUAAAUCAGCUCAGCAAAACAAUUCGCAGGACUUGAUCCAAUUUAUCAGCGAUAUCGACGAGAAGUUGGAGGUGGCAUCCGUGCAAAUCGAAAUCUACAAAGCUAUUCAAGAAAGUUUGGAGAUUGAAGACGAACAAAAGGCUAAUUUACUCAACGUGCUCAACGAUGGCCUACUGGACAUCACUGCACUAUACAGAGACUUUGCUGAACCAUUAUCUAUGCACGAGAUCAAGCUUUUGAUCUAUCACGUUGCCGAUUAUCGAGAUGCAGAGCUAGCAAGGGAUGCAUGGGAGGCUCUCUUGGCUGAAGCACACAAUGAUGCUCUGGCUUUACCGGACACUCGACACGAGAAAGUUGCAUCUGUGGUGAUUGAAUUAGGUCAUCGCUUCUAUCCGUCAGAUGUGGCAUUCCCAGUUGAUAUCUUGACAGAAAUGUUGGAAAGGUAUGCAUACGAACAAAGCAUUGAGAAUCCACAAUCACGUAUUCCACUUGCUUGGUCUGCAAGGACGAUGCUAAUGGCAAACGUACCUCCUCUUUUGGUAUUUGAAGUUUUGUUAGGUUUAUUCGAUGCAAAACGAGAACCAUUCCAGAUCGAUUCGGCUCAAUUAUACAUUCUGGCAGAUAUUGCUGAUUUGGCAAGAUUGUGGGUAGAAGAGAUCUUGGGUACUGCUCAACCAUCAUUGGGUUUGAAGGAUCCUUUGCUCAACUUUUCCGCUCGUAGGUUCGAUGAUGCAUUGAAUGCACUGUUGUUAGCUCUGAGCCAUUUGGACCAUGCUUCUUUACCGGCCAAUUUGGAAAGCAGAAAUGCCGACAAAGUUUCAUCAUCUCUCAAAUGGACACAAGAGUUACUCCGAAGAUCGUUCUAGGAUGAAGGAGGGAAUUAUUAGAAUAUCGAUCAAAAAUGUAACAGUAUACUUGCUGUCCUUCUUUAAUGGAAGAUCAGCGAGAGAAAAUGCAUUGCAUAAAAUACAGAAC